GGAAAAAAAUAAAGCCUGAAUAAAAUUUAAUCUUCGAACGUAAAGUGAAUGUAUGAAGCUGUAUGCGAGUGAACGGCGCACAAAGCGAUGGAUUUCAUAUACUCUGAUUAAUUUAUGCGCGGAAAAUUUAUACGUGCGUACAAAGAAACUGUAUACGCGCGGAUUCGAAUAUCCUGAUCGAUAUAAUUGCAUUUUGUUUGCUUCCUCAGUACAGUCUUUAAUUAUAGCACACCGUUUUAUCUCAUUUCAUUAUGCUGCAUCAAAGCAUUUUCGAAUGAGCGAUCGCAAACUCUCCUGAAAUCCAGCUAAAAUCCAUUGUAUACAGCGCCAAUUAUAGGCGCACGUGUAAACCGCCCUCGUCUCGAAAAUGACGCCUAAAACGCCAGUCGCGCGUAGGCCCGACGCGUCAGCUGGAAAUUCCGACGCAACAAGCGCCUCUCGCACGCGUCACCAUAUAAUUGUUUAGCGCCACGGAAAAUGGACGCGCCCCGGACAUAGGUGUGCUUUUAAUCGAAACCGGGACUAAUUUAUUUGUCCUUUGAUCUCGGCGAGGCUCCGCAGCCGCACGACUCAUUGAUUUCGCAUCGACUUCUCGGUAUGUACACUAGAUUUAAUCGAGUUAUUCCGGGCCGAUAUUGUCUCUACUUCGAAAAUCGAAUUAUUAAUAACUUUUCGUGAAUUAUCGACUGAGAGAUAAAAUCCUCAGCGUAUAAUCACUGUCUCUCUCGGAAGAGACGUAUAAUGCAUUCCAAACUAUCUCGAUAUAUAUAACUCUCUCGUGUUAUUCCACGACGACCCCAUCUCCACGCGCGAUAUUGGAUUCGCGUUCGUGAUUCUCUAUCCUCCGUAUUUAUAUAUUUCCGAAAGGAUAUUCAUCAAACGUCGCCUAUACAAAGUUGUAUGCUGGAUUCAUAUCUGCUACUGCUCUUGUCACACGAGGAGACACGUGUACACCCGGAGGCUCUUGUUUUGAUGUACCAAGGGAAAUUAAGUUGACAUUGCGUCGGUGAAGCUUCUUAUGAUUCCACGUCUGCACUUCAGCUUUUGCUUCCACCUAUUGAAAGCUGCGUGAUUAGACUUCAAUUGUUGUAAUUGUCAUAAUUAAAAUACUCAGCACAAGUCGCAUCGAUUCACCAGCGUUGUACAGCUGAACUCGAUAAAAGCUAUGCGCGCUGCGACGAAACAGGGUCACGUUUAUCUGUCGCUGCACCAGCGGAACGUACCCCGGCAUAUUUAAAUUUUAAAAGGCGAAAAGUAGAAUUCCCUUCGCGCUGCAUCGUUUCUUUUCAUUUGCUUAGGAGAGACGUAAAGAGCCGCGCUAGCUGUAAAUGAAAAAAAAAAAGUCGCGGACAAAGGUGGCACGUAGUAUUGCGCGUGCGAUGCGCAUUUUGCACGACUGAUGUGCUCUCGGAUGGAGACGAGACGGCUGUACCCUCGGUCUCGUAAUAUAAGAGUAAGGACCGUUUUAAUAGCCUGAUUAAAUUAAUAGCUCAACGGAUAUAGCCGCACGACGUGUACUAAUAUAACAAGCGCUCCUCGUCGCGGCGUCGUUUUUAGAAUUUUCCGCAGACUCGAUAUUAGCGAAGCAAUUAGCGAAAUUAAAGCGAGGAGGAAUAAGCCGGCCAUUUCAUUCCGUAUAUAAGUAUAUCUCGUCGCUGCGAAAAGGAUCUCUUUUUCAGCUCCCUCGUGCUCGCGCAGUUAUGUCAACAUUAUGUAAGUUAAUCGCCUCGCGUGAAUCUAGAAGCCAUCGGGGAAUUGCAUUCCUUACACGGCCUCGGGCACGCAUACGAAUGCUGCUUAUAAAAGUGCACCACUACUCGGCUUACUCUGUCUCUCGUAAUGUAAUUGCUGUUGUAUAUACGCCCGAGAGGAAUUCGCUCGACUGUUGUAUGCCUAUUUAUUCAAAAUUUAAAUUUUGAAACAACGACGAUUCUAAUUAGAACGUCAAAUGAUAGGUAAUUGGAAGGAAGAGAGACGUAGACGCGGCAGAGCUUUAAUCUAUGUGUAGAUUAGUACUCGGUGUAUAUAGUCGUGAUUUAAAUUGCACGCGAUCCGCUGCCGGCGAAAAUUCCGGAAACUCCGAUGAAGGGCUACGAGCCUUCGCGCGCGAGAGGAGCGUGUUUGGCAAGUAAUUCCGGACGUGUUUGCAUUUCGCGCGUCGGCCAUCGACUCUCUCUCUCUCUCUCUCUCUCGCGCUUGUACACACUGCUGCAUCACAGACUUCGAUCGGCUCACGAAAUGUCAAAAAUUAAGCCGGCAACUUCUCUCUCUCUCUCUCUCUCUCGAUUAACGCGUAUACGGGUUAAUCGAGAGGCAUCAAUGCGCGAGUCGUUCAAUAUGACGACAGCAGCGUGUGCAGCUAUACGUGAUAUUAUUUGAGCUACGGAAUAAUUGGAUUUGAUGCGAUUUAACUUUUGAGAAUCGAGGAGACUCGUCGACGGAAUAUUAAGCGUAGAUCAACGUUGGAGAAGUUCGAAGAUUUGGGCGACUGUUAAAGCCGAACUUUGCGCUGUGCUAUCGAUUCCCGGGGCACACAUAAUGAUGGUGAAAGGCGCGUGUAUCGACUCCUGCUGUGUUGAAUUAAGCCCGUGACUGUGACGUCAGAGACUCGCCGGUCGAUCAGCUGACAGCAAAACGAAGAAAGCGUGUGUAUGUGUGUGUGUUGUAAAGUUUCGAGCAAAUUUACACGCUGGGACGAGAGUUUUUAAUUACGAAGAUAUCUAUAUAAGAGUUCGCGCGUGCAGAAAAUAAACAUUGCAUAUUUCAUGGUUAAUUAGAUGUUUGCAAGCCUUGAGGACUCGAGUACUGAGGAACGCUAUUUAGUCUCCAAUUAGCACGAAUGCACACGAUAAAGAGCUCGAGUGUGUUUCGGAAUUGGUCCGCAAUGUCGCAAAUGCGAUUACGCGACGCAUAAACUUGCGAGAACAUGAAACGAGCCUCGCCAACUCACUGUCCCAUCGUCUAAUUCACAGAGAACAAUAAUCGCGCGAAAUUUUCUGCAUCCCAAAAAGUGCUUUGUCACUCGUCCCAAAGAUUAUCGUUCUCAUCGCCUAAGUACACUUUGUCGACGAGUCGCGCGAUGACAUCACUCCAUCUUCGCCUCGACUCAUAUAUUCCACCGCUAAAGCUCGCGCGGUAAAUAGCGUGUCUCUCAACGGAAAUAAAUCGUCAUCCAUAGCGCUGCACGUUUUCGCUCGAAAUUAUCACCGUUUUAACGAAUUAAUUGAAGCAUUUGCCGCAACGCAGCUCGCGUUGGUACAGGUGUGCAUGUCGCGACGUCUAUCUCGCGGCUGAUGGGAAUCGGCGAAAUUUUAAGCUGCUGCGCAGUGUACGCGUCGGGGUAGCUUAUUAAUAGAACGACCGUGUAAACCCCGCGUUACACACGCGCGUCCGGCUUUGUUUGGUUUGGGCUCUCUUUGAACGUCGACGCAGCGGAUUUCGACGCUUCGAAAAUAAAAGUUAUGCCCUCGUCUCUCUCUCUCGGUGUAGCUCGACGACGAUAUGGGGAUGAGAUUUAGUCGAGCGCGACACGAAUCGCGAUUAGAUAAUGCAGUCAAAUUAGGGCGGAAAUUCAGUUGAAAGUUUAUAAUUGAGAGUUAAGACUCUUGCCUUUUUUUUGCAAAUUCGUCGGACGGCCAGAAGUUUGGCGUUUUAUGCGAUUAAUUAAUUACGGAUUUUCGCGGCCAACUUUUAAUUGCGUGCUUUUUAAUCAAGAAAACGCUCCCGGGCAACAGUUGUUCGAAGCGCCGCGUGUGUGUGUAUUAUCUUUUCGCACACGAGUGUUCGACUGAAGUUCACCGCGAAAUUCUCAAACAAAAGAAUCUCGCGUCGUCUGUGCUGUGGCCGGGAUGAGCUGUUAGGUUUUAGUUUCCCUCGGCCAAACAAAUUCCAAAAUUCCAAGUGAUCCCUCGAACUAAAUUUACGAAAAGAAAAAAAAAAUGUUCUCCUCGUUAAAAUCGUGCAAGAGCCUCUUAUCGCCGAGUCGUCUGAAAGUUUUCAAAUUAACCCCUGCGAAAUGCGACAUGAGCUGCGGGAGACGAGGUUGUCCCAGUGAUCCGUGCAAACCGAGAGAUUGCGAUAAGUCGUCGAGGCCUUGCGAAAAAACUUGUCAGCGUCAAGCUCGUCCCUGCGAGCCGUUGGAUCGUUGCAGGCCAGCUAAUCUAUGCAACUCGAAUCCCUGUCACGAUCCCUGGAAAGCUCCUCAAUUUUGCAACUCUUCGGAUCACCGCCAGCAGAGUAUCCCCUGCGGACAAAAGCAAACUUGCAAAUCGUCCCCGAGUCCUUGUCGGGAGGAAACUCCGAGCUACCCUCGUAAACCUUGGAGGUCGAGCAGAGCCACCACCUGGUCGCCGUCAACCUACAUAGCCUCGCCUUGUCAAGGAGCGUCGGGAUCUUGCAGGGCACCGGAUCGUUGCGGUAAACCCAGCUGUCCGGCCCCGAACAAACCCACCUGUCCGUCGGAUCCCUGCAAACCGCCUCAAAUCCACUCCUGCCAGACUCCACCGGAUCCCUGCCAGCCGCCCUGUUACCAGCGUCGAGAUCCCUGCGAGCCGACAGCCUGCCAGAAGUCAAGUCCCUGUCUCUCGGAUCCCUGUCCCCCGAAACCCGUGACCUGCUGCCAGGCCGAUCCUUGCUGCACCUGUCCGACCUGUCCACCUAGUACGAACCCAAACAUCUGGAGUCAAGAGAUACUGCGCAGAAGGGACCCCUGCAGCCAGUCGAUCCCCUUCUGCUGCGACAAGGAGUCGGAAAUGAAGGAGCGAUUAUGGCGGCUGGUCGUGCUAUUCGGCUUACUUCCACUUAUCUUCAUAUCGGCCGGCAUAACAAUGAGAAACGUGGAGGAGGAAAGAAACGAGCCGAGGCCGGAAUUCAUACCCUACGAGUACAUGUACCGUCGUACAAAGCGAUUUCCCUGGGGAGACGGCAAUCAUACCCUAUUUCACAAUCCUGUAAAAAAUCCCGUUCCUCCCGACGGAUAUGAGGUGGAGGAUCCGAACGCGCCUGUGAAGAAGAGCGAGUGAAGAACGAGAUUAUUUAACAAAUUGCAGAAUUUCGUUGUGAAAUCGAACGUUGUUGCCGUGUCUGACAAUAAAAAUUUGCUCGGAUGUA